AAAUCACUUGUGAAAAAUGGGGAGAAAUCGGAGAAAACGAUAAUGGCGUUUUCGUCGAACCCGCUGGCUCUGAGCGUGCCGGAGUCAGCGUUCGAGUCAUGGCUCCGCGACAGCGGCUACCUCGAAAUCGUCGACCAGCGAACCUCCGACCUACACCGUCUCUCCGCCUCCGCAACCGAUGCAGCAGAGGCCACCACCUCCACGGAUUCCGGGGGCGCCACCGUAUCGGGCGGCUACAUUUUCUGGCCGAUUGUCUCGAACAUCGGGACCCUACUCUCCCUCUUCACUCUCAACCCCUUCGCGAAGCUCAACGCGGAGGACUUCUCCGGCGAGACUCCGUCGUGGACUUGUGGAUUUGUCGGUUCGUUUGACUCGUACUCGUUCCCGUCGUCGCCCUCUCAAGCUCGAUUGAGGGUCCACGAGAAUGUCAAGCGCUAUGCUCGCAACUACGCUUCGCUUUUCGUCCUCUUCUUUGUUUGCUCUCUGUAUCGAUUACCAUUAGCACUUGUUGGUCUGGUGUUAAGUUUAGCUCUCUGGGAUGCAUUCAAGUUUUGUGGUAAUCGGUGGGGAUUAGAUCGAUACCCUGCAAUUCGACAGAGCUUGGUUCGUAUUGCACAGUGUGCAAGUGCUGUUAUUCUGUUCUUUUCCAAUGUUCAGAUGGCUCUCUUCUGUGCCCUUGGUGCAAGUUAUGCAGUUAUGAUUUCACACGCCUCUUGCCGGAAGCUGGCGCCUGCAAAGCAACCUGCUGGAGGAGCAAGACGCCGAUAGGAAUGUUGAAGGAUUCAUCGGAUCAGAUAUGGUAUCUAGUCCAUUCAUGUUGCUGGCACAGAUCGCCAGCUUCUUAUCAGAAAGGCUUUACCACGCUAUCUUCUUGAAGAUUCAAGAUAAUAACACGCAAAGAGGGGCACCUGCCAUAUUGUUGGUUAGUCACCGGAGAGUAGGUGUGUUACCCUCUCGGCCUGCCCUGACAUGGUGUAUGGAUAAUGUAUUCUUAAAAGAGUUUGGAGAGAGUGAACUAGGGGCGGGAUGAUACAUAAUAUCUGAAGAGAGAUUUAAAUUAUUGUGAUUGUGUAUUGUGCGUAUUUCCCAGCUUGAUAACUAAAGACAAUUAGAGUAACAUAGGGAGAUGAUACAUAAUAUCUGAAGAGGUAUUUAAAUUA